UCGUCGUUUAUUUUGAAAGUUAUCCCGGAAGUGUUUGUUGCACAGUGCUCACUGAGCGUCGUUUGUGGUGUCACUCAACGCGAGCGCACGCUGUUUUAUUAUCAUGGGUCAGAAUAUGUGUUGGAACAACAAAUAAGCGCUCAUGUAAUGUUUUAUUCGUAACUCCCAGCUAUUUUUGGCGCUGUAAACGAAUUUGGUAAACUUAAAACAAUUUGACAGCAAUCUGAUGUUAAUUUGGGAUUAAAAUGGUCAUCAAGGUUUACGUCGCCUCAUCAAGUGGCUCGAUAGCGGUAAAGAAGCACCAGCAGGCUGUGGUGGGUUUCCUGGAGGCCAAUCGAAUCAGUUUCCAAGAAGUAGACAUCACAAUGCUGGAGGAGCAGAGGCUCUGGAUGUACCGCAACAUACCCAAGGAUAAGUUACCAGAGCGGGGCAACCCACUGCCUCCACAAAUCUUCAACGAGGAUCAUUAUUGUGGUGACUAUGAAGCCUUCUUCCAGUCAAAGGAGAACAACACUGUGUUUGUGUUCCUUGGGCUAAGUUCCCAACCCUCUCAGAAAGAUUCAGGUUCCUAAAUCGAACAGCUGCUUGGUGUCCUAUGAAAACCAUCACCUGCAACCAUUUGCAUAUUGUCCCGCAUUGCAUCGUCUUUUUCCUCAUGAU